AUGCCUGACGACAUUCCAAAACUGCCGAGACGUCGCGGAAAGAAGAAUCAGCCCAAAGGUACGUUUUCUUCAUGGUUCAUGGUUAUAUCGAGAAACAGUUGCUUUUGAAUGGUACUUGACAAGUUUAUGAAACAGAAACGAACAAUAGGUUGAAGGACCGUUCGGAAUCAAUUUUUGUGCAGCGCUUCGGGUGUGGGUAUAGGCAGCGAUAAUUGGGGCGACUCGUUUUUCAUGAACUUCUAAACGCUUCUUGAAACGGGAACUUUUAUACCGUUUCACAAUACUAAUAAGUGCACAUUUUCUCCAUUUGAGUUAAUAUGUUCGGUUAUGUAUCAAAAAGUCCCCAAAUGAAGGUUCGACUCCUCUACGGAUUCGUUAACUAGACAUUCACAGCACUAGUAGAUGCCCACAUUUUCUUAAUUUCAGCUGCUGUCCUUAUGGAUUGGCCUAUCGGAACAAAAUGUGCAUAGUUCGAAAGAUCUCGACUCUAAAACUUGAAGAACUUCUCCGAAAGUCUAUUUAAAACGUGCUGACAGCAAAAGUUAGCAAGACAGCAUGUUUCAGAUGGGUUUUUCUCGAGUGUCAGAGGUCGGCAGUAGAACUGAAAAACGCGGUUGGAAUCGUAAUGUUUGGAUCUUUGAAUCCUUGUAAAUCUAGUUCAGCUAGGUCAAAAUACUUCCUAAUGGGUCCCGUUUCUCUACUUCGGUUCUUCUUCACCGUUACCUAGGAAGUUUGCAGACACGGCAUGGAAACAGCAGCGUCUUCCGUCUCUCCGCGCCCACUACAGUGUCACCUCGGCGAUUCCGGUCACUUUGACGGUCGGAGUCGCCACGCUCGCAAUGGGAAUCGCACUCUACUUCGGACAUCAGGGCUGUGAGUCUCUAUCGUUUGUUCUGUGCGAAAACGGAAAAAAAGCAGUCGGAUAGUAUUGAAAGCAAUAAAACAAUGUGAAGAAUCUUCUUAGAAUAUGAAACAUUUACUGCUUUUCAAUGAUGACAUUUGAGGAAUAUUCGAUACUUAUUUGUUUGUAGCAUUGGAGCAGGAGAUCAAAUACACGGAUUGUGCUCUACCGAACGGAACACAAGUGUCACACUUGAUACGGAGGGAAAUGAUGAACGAAACGCUCAUCUGCCAAUAUUCGGUCACGCUGGAUCAGGAUUACAAGGUGAGCUGAAAUCAGUUCUCUGAUAUUUAUGAGUUGUGUGAAACGUAGACCAUCAUUUGCAGGGCGACGUCAAAUUCUACUACGGACUCUCCAAGUACUAUCAGAACAACCGUCUCUACUUCAAUUCUCGGAAUGACCAGCAAUUGCGGGGCAAAAUUGACAAGAUCGACGGGUGCGAACCACUGAAAUACGUGCUGCAGAACGGUUCGAAAGUGCCGAUCGCGCCGUGCGGAGUCGUCGCCAACUCCAUGUUCAAUGGUAAUUCAGCUAAUUGUUUGACUCCUUUCUUACAGCGCUCUGUGGCAUCAAAAACAAAACAUGCCAUUUAAAAACAAUUCUUUUAUGAGCAAUCUGAAACAGUUAUUUUUUUUUCCGUUUCAUAAUCUUCAUAUCCGCUAGCUCAUCGUCAAACUGCACUUGAAGAUAACUGAUUCCUUCAGACACCUUCCAACUCUUCUACAUUUCGAACCGUUUCACGAACGGAACGACUCGAGUCCCCUGGGUUACACGUGGCGUUCUGGGAGCGACCGAGAUGAAACGGAAGUUUGCGAACCCGAUCAGAGCCGUCAAUCAGACACUUUGCGAUGUUUUUGCGGUUAGUCGGUUAUUCAGUUAUACAGGGAUUGCCCAGAAAGUUGUCCUACCUAAAUAUGAGCCCAUCGAAACGGUUUUCAUUGUUUCAGGGCACAGUGCAACCUCCGUCGUGGCGCAUUCCGAUCUGCCAAUUGGGCGUUAACAGCACGGACGCGGACGUCGGAAUCGGCCUCGAAAACAUUGAUUUCAUGGUGUGGAUGAAGGUGGCCGCACUGCCAAAGUUCAGAAAACUGUACAGAAUACUCGAUACACAGGUGAGCAAACUUUAUGAAUAUCAGACGAGGACUACUGUAUUUCCAGGUGGACAUGUUCAGCAACGGACUGCCGGCCGGAGAAUACCGACUUGAGAUUACUUACAGUGAGUUUCGGUUUCAUGAAAGUGAUAAUAAUGAAUGAACAGAGUAAUAACGAAUGAGCAUAAUUAACAUAAUCCUGAGGAUUUGGCAGAUAAAAUUGGUCUGAAAGUACUGUUUUUUACAUCUUUUACGUUUUUCGUCUUUUCUGCAACUCUGCGCUACGCAGAAAGUACGCUUUUCCAGAUGUUUGCUCAGAAGAUCCAUUCGUGGGAAUGUAAUUUCUCAGUUAAACAUGUUCAUGUAAUCAGAACUCAAAAAGCAAGACUAAAUGGAGUUCCCUUGUCAGUUUUUUACAGUUUCAAAUUGUUGCCAAAGUUUCCUCGCAAACCGCACCAGCAAUGUCCAACCCAUUACCAUACCUUUCUCAUUUUGCAGACUACCCGGUGGACAUGUACUCGGGCGACAAGUACUUUGUGAUUGCGAGCGAGAACUGGGUCGGACCCCGCAACCUGUUCCUGCCGGUCAUCUACCUCGUCGUCGGCACCUUCCUUCUUCUCGUCACCCUUUUGUUCAUUUUGAUCUGGCUCAAACAGAGACUCUCCAGAGUUCAUCCCACUUAG